AUGAGCUCAAACGCGUCGACGAAAGGCGGCAGGGGCAAGCCCAAGUCUUCUAAAUCCGUUUCCCGAUCUUCCAAGGCCGGACUGCAGUUCCCGGUCGGUAGAAUCGCGCGUUUUCUGAAGACUGGAAAGUACGCCGAGCGUGUCGGCGCCGGCGCUCCUGUUUACCUUUCGGCCGUCCUCGAAUACUUGGCUGCUGAGGUAUUGGAGCUUGCUGGGAAUGCAGCAAGGGACAACAAGAAGAACAGGAUUGUGCCCAGGCACAUACAAUUAGCAGUGAGGAAUGAUGAAGAACUGAGCAAGUUGCUGGGGCAUGUGACCAUUGCAAAUGGUGGUGUGUUGCCAAAUAUUCACCAGACUUUGUUGCCCAAGAAAACUGGUGGUAAGGGGGACAAAGAAAUUGGGUCUGCAUCACAAGAGUUUUAG